AUGACUUUGUAUGAUCGUGUUCUGAAUACUGAAAUGGACAUCAGUAAUAGUCACGCUACUUCUAUAUCUGCAUUUCUUCUGUUUUAUGUGAUUGAUUAUGUUCUUCAAUCAUGUCAAUGGAGCAAUAAAACUAUGAGAAACACUUACUUGUUUAUAAGACUUCGAAAUUAUUCUCUUUCUAUAAUCCACGCUUUCAUAUCCGGAUUAAGUUCACUUAUUUGCCUAAUAUCUUAUCCGGACCUAGUUGGCAAUGUCAUAGAUUCGGAAAACGUUUUCGCCUAUCAUAUUAUGGGUUUCGCAACAGGUUAUUUUGUUCACGACAUUUACCAUAAUAUAUGUGGCGAUGUUGAGCUACGGUCGUUGGAGAUAAUAUUGCAUCACAUUACAGUUUUGACUUGUUUUUACGUUGUUUCUCGGUAUAGGAUUCUUGUUUGUUACGUAUUGUUUGGGCUUUUAAUGGAGCUGAACAGCAUAUUUUUGCACGCAAGAAAGUUAAUGAUAUUGCUUAACAUCGAUCCUGAAUCCGUAGCAUACCGUGUUAAUGCUAUCGCAAACAUUAUUACAUUUAUCAUCUUUCGCAUAUGUCUGACACUGUCGUUAUUUGGAUGGGGAAUCAUUAACAGGCACAAAUUACCAGUUGUUGUUAGUUGGAUUCUACUUUCAAGCUUCACAGUAUUUACAACAAUGAAUUUAGUUUUGUUCUAUCGUGUUAUCAUAGCAGAACGUCGAAUCUUACAAUUGAAUCACUAUAAACUCUCUACUAAUGGUGUGAUGGAAUAA